ACCACCCCCACACCCACCCGUCUCCCUCGUGUCAAUAUCUCCCUCCAUUGUGUAAUAUUUGUUCAUCUACAAGGUUCUGUUCUGUUUCAAGCCAGAUGAUGUCGGUGAACAUGGUGUCUGACAUCAGUCCAGCAGGGGGAGGAAGAGAGCCAUAUUCUGCCACAGUGGGAGGUAGUAAACCCCUGCACCGCUUCAUAAGAGGGGAGCCGAAGAGUAUUGGGAUUGUAAUGCUGUUCAUGGGCUCAUCACUCUUCAUCUUGGCAAUUCCCAUGAGAAUGGAUCCACUGGAGUCCUCUGCGGAGAAUUUCACCUCUUUUUGGCUAGGAAUCCUGUUUAUCAUCUGUGGGCUGUUAUACGUGCUCACAGAGAAGAAUACUUCAAAACAAUUGGUGACAGCAAGCCUGGCCCUUAGCAUCAUCUCUAUAUUGGGGGUCACAGUGGCUUUCUUUGAAUUCCUUAAAGGCAUCCUGAGCAUGCAGUAUUACCAUUACCACUAUUAUAAUUCCUACUAUGAUGACAUCACAAACUCUACCAGAGUUGAUGUCCCCUGGCGUAAACAUCAUAUGGGCCAGUUGCUCAGCCUUGAGGCUGUAUUCAUGUAUCAGAGCUUAGUGGGAAUGGUGUUCCUAAUAAUGAUGACAGCAUUUGCCAGGGCUGCCUUGCGGUCCAGUAAGACACAGGCAAUUGUUGUAAUGAACAAUCUACCAUCAGCAGACUGAAUGAAGAAAAAGCAAGCAUUUUAUGACUGUCUCUGCCAUGAAGGAUGGAUAGAAAACUUGGAUUUAUUGAUAUAAAAUAAAUGUAUUCAAUGUGUAGAACAUUUCAUUAAAUCCACAUAUAGAAAUUG